UUCUCCAACAGACGGAUUCUUCAUGCGACCUUUCAUGAUCUUCCUGCAGCUGCUGUAGGACUAAUGGAUACUUUACUUUCCUUAAAAGCUGAAUAUCGAGGGACUGCAGCUCUUGCUCUUCAGAAUGAGUUCUUCACAACAGAACCAUUUGCUUGUGAUCCCUCAAGUUUGCUACAAUGCCCCCUCAGAAGGGUCCGGAAUUAUGAACGCAAUAGAAGGGUAAGGGCAAUUCCAGCAGCUGAAGCUAAUGCAGAAUUCAAGAGUAACAUAGACAGAAAGCGACUCAUUGCCCAUUCAGAAGCCCAGAAUAGGCUUGAAAAAACAAAUGAAUAUGUCUCAGGAGGUGCUCUAGAUGAAGGAAUAAACUCUUCUGAAUGUUUUCAGGUGUCCAGCAGAAAAGAGGGCUCAGAGAAUUAUACUCAGAGAGAGAUAAGGAAAGAACCAAUUCAUGAUAUCAAAGGAAAGAAGAAGUGGUCAGGUACAUUACCUGCUCCAUCAGGUAAGAUGCAUGAUUUACUCAUAGAGCAUGACCCUAUGAUCCUCAAACCUGCUAGGCGUGCGAAGCUUGAGAAGGGAUCAACAGCUAAAGGGAAUGACCAUGACUCUAAAGGAAAGAAGAAUCAUUCGUUAUGUCCAUCAACAUCAACUAGCAAUGCGACUAUUGGAAAUGGUCAAAUUUCUACUCAUUUACCUGCCAAAUUGACUAAUAUGCAGCGCUUACUAGAAGAGCACAAGAGACAGAUCCUAAAAGAUGCUCAAUCGGUGAUAUCUGACAAGGAAAAAAUGGCGGAAGGAAAAGGCAAUAACACCAAGGCAGAGAAGAACCAACUUGAACAAUUGUCUCCUCCUGCAGAAUCACAUGGCCUUGACUUCCUGGAAGACAAUCAAUAUUUUGGUCCACUUCCAUCUGCAUCAAAACUGAUUGAUGUGGAUAGAAUAAUUAGAGAGCAUGACCGACAGAUCCAAGAAUCUGUUGAACGUGCCAAGCAACAGAAAAAACUAGCUAAAGCUCGGUAUUGAGGUAUGAAAACAACAAUGCAAAACCAAAUAUUAGCUGCUUGGAUAUUCACUCUUUAUAAAGGUUGUCAAUCAGUAAUAUGUGACCUUUUGUGCCUUAUAUUGUAUCUAGAUGCAAUGAAGCAAAUGUAUAAGUGUAUUUUUA